UACCUUGUUAUCAUCAUCUGUAACAUAUCAUCCGCCAUGCCUCCGAUCCGCACUUCCCGCAAUCGCAAACCGCCUCCCGCUGGCUUCGACGAUCUCGAAGAUACCCUGCUGGAAUUCAGCAACAAGAUGAAGGAUGCGGAGAAUGCAUCGCACGAAGGAAAGAAGAAAUAUGAAGUUCUCUGGCCUAUAUUCCAGAUCAGUCACCAGCGCUCACGAUACAUCUAUGAACUUUACUACGAGAAAGAAGCGAUUUCAAAGGAGUUAUAUGAUUUCCUGCUCAAGAACAAGUAUGCCGAUGCCAACUUGAUUGCGAAGUGGAAGAAGCAGGGCUAUGAGAAGCUGUGUUGCCUGCGCUGUGUCCAAACGAAAGAGACGAAUUUCAACUCCACAUGUAUCUGUCGAGUGCCCAAGGCGCAGCUCAAGGAGGACCAGACGAUUCAGUGUGUCAGCUGUGGCUGCAAUGGCUGUGGAAGCAGCGACUAAAAGAAAGAC